AGACCAUCUAGGUCCCAAGAACUUUUCAGGGCACUUUUAGGGACGCAUAUAUCCACGAUUCCUCCUGGGACAGCGCCAUGAAGUCCCUGUGGCUUUGCUGGGCACUCUGGGUACUACCCCUGGCUGGCCCUGGGGCAGCGAUGACCGAGGAACAGGUCCUGAGCAGUCUACUGCAGCAGCUGCAGCUCAGCCAGGCCCCCACCCUGGACAGCGCGGAUGUGGAGGAGAUGGCCAUCCCUACCCACGUGAGGUCCCAGUAUGUGGCCCUGCUGCAGGGAAGUCACGCUGACCGCUCCCGAGGCAAGAGGUUCAGCCAGAACUUUCGAGAGGUGGCAGGCAGGUUCCUGAUGUCAGAGACCUCCACUCACCUGCUAGUGUUCGGGAUGGAACAGCGGCUGCCGCCUAACAGCGAGCUGGUGCAGGCUGUGCUGCGGCUGUUCCAGGAGCCUGUGCCCAGAACAGCUCUCCGGAGGUUUGAGAGGCUGUCCCCACACAGUGCCCGGGCUCGGGUCACCAUUGAAUGGCUGAGAGUCCGUGAGGAUGGCUCCAACCGCACUGCCCUCAUCGACUCUAGGCUCGUGUCCAUCUACGAGAGCGGCUGGAAGGCUUUCGACGUGACCGAGGCCGUGAACUUCUGGCAGCAGCUGAGCCGGCCGAGGCAGCCGCUGCUGCUCCAGGUGUCGGUGCAGAGGGAGCAUCUGGGGCCGGGGACCUGGAGCGCACACAAGUUGGUCCGGUUCGCGGCGCAGGGGACGCCGGACCGCAAGGAGCAGGGCGAGCCACAGCUGGAGCUGCACACGCUGGACCUCAAGGACUACGGAGCUCAAGGCAAUUGUGACCCCGAGGCACCAGUGACUGAAGGCACCCGAUGCUGUCGCCAGGAGAUGUACCUGGACCUGCAGGGGAUGAAGUGGGCUGAGAACUGGAUCCUAGAACCGCCAGGGUUCCUGACUUAUGAAUGUGUGGGCAGCUGCCUGCAGCUACCUGAGUCCCUGACCAUCGGGUGGCCAUUUCUGGGGCCUCGGCAGUGUGUUGCCUCAGAGAUGACCUCCCUGCCCAUGAUUGUCAGCGUGAAGGAGGGAGGCAGGACCAGGCCUCAAGUGGUCAGCCUGCCCAACAUGAGGGUGCAGACCUGUAGCUGCGCCUCGGAUGGGGCGCUCAUACCCAGGGGGAUAGAUCUGUAGUCUCCCUGUCCAGAGCUGUAUUCUCAGUGAGCUUGUCCUAACUUAGUGCUCAUGUCUGACCUUUGCUCUGCAGUCUUGGUUUUCUUGUCCAUCACCCAGUUUAAGCACUUACAUGGGUAAAUCAUGUCACUCCAGUAGGACACACUGACCCCACUUAGCCAAGGACAUGGCUAUGCAGUGAACAGGUUCCCAGCUGAGUCUGUUUUCUGGCCAGAUCUCAGCUUAAUGUGCAACAAAACCCUACGGUGAGAACAGGGGAAUCAAAAGCUCAUUUACUCUUACACAGUGAUUACUGGCAUCAGCGUACCAUGACAGGGAUUGCACACAGCAGUCUGGGAAGGAGACAUCUCAGAAGCCUGCAGCAGCUCCUUGUACAAAACAGUUGUUCCCAUUUCUCCUAACCUUAGCCCUAGACAAUGGCUGUAUAGAUUUCAUGUGUGUGACUGCUUUUCAGUUGGCCUUGGUGUUCAUGGUUAUUCUAUAUUAUUUGAUUUUCCUACUCCUUUCUCCUUCUGCCCUGGUGAAUUCUAUGAAACUAGAUGUUCCUUGAUGUAAUGAUUCUUAAGCAAUUAAAAAGUUGAGGCAUGGGACACAGCACAGCACAGUCCUGAUGGCUCAGGUGCAUGCUGUAGAUGUAUUCUGUGUGCUCUCAUCUUGGAAACAAUGCAAUAACUUCGCAAUGUUAGUUCAGAUUAAUGUUUGGCUUGCAAAGAAAGUUUGAAGAAAUUAUUAGAAAAUGAAAUAGAGCCAACACUGGGAUCCCGAAAAGGAAAAAGCUAUUGAAGUUAUGAAAUAAGUUUUGCACAAAAUUUGAGAGUGGUUCCUGGAUAAGCAAGUAUAGAAUACAUAAAAUCUUAUAUUAGUAAAACUAAGUCAAAACACCGGGACUCUUAGGAGAGUCACUGUGUGCAAUGUGCAGAAGCAGAAAGCUAGAAGAACUGCCGAGUUAAGGGUGAACCUGAGUCUUUCUGGCCACUGCCUGGCAGCUUUGCCCAUGUCAUUUAUUAUCAGAUCUUCAUGGGAAAAUGCAAGUAGCUGACUUCGGAGCUCUGAGCUCUGGAGUAUACUAAGUCAAAAGUUAAAGUUUAAAUAAUGAUAAGUUUGCAAUAAAUAUUAUUUUGGCCGGAGGCCUGGGAAUAGGGAAAGCUUGAAACUCUGGGGGAAUAAUUGUAAUUCUUGAUUCAUUGUGUGAUGUGGGUAUUCUUUUGAAUUUGAUUUGGCAACAAUUAUACAAUGUCUUUUUUUCCUAUCUGCAUUUGGAGUAUCAAUAAAAGACUGGGGCAAGAGAAAGG